CGUCGCCAUUUGUAUUUGCACAUGAUUCGCGGUUUGUGUUAAAGGGACCGGUGUAUUGCCGAUAAUUCGUCCAUAGAGAGCUGUGCAGUAACCAUGUUGAGCCCAGCUGAGGUGGAGAAGUUCAAGCUGUUCAUCAAGGCAUGUGAGGCUGACCCGGCCAUCCUGCACAUGCCCGAGCUGGACUUCUUCCGCGCCUACCUGCGGAAGCUGGGUGCCCAGCUGCCGGACCCGCCGGCUAAGGGCUCCGGUGACACCUCCACCCCAGCCCCGCCGCCGCCGCCGGAGCCGGAGCCGGCGCCGGCCGAUGAGCCGGAGCCCGAGCCCGAGCCGGAGGAGGAGCCAGAGUCCGAGGAGAGCGACAUCGACAUCGAUAACUCAGGCGUGCUCGAGCCGGAGAUGGACGAGCCGCAGCCGAUGGGCGACUCGAGCAAGGCGGUCAGCGACGAGGACAUGGAGGCGGCCGGCGAGAAGCGCGCCGCCGCGCAGGCCGCCUUCUGCGACGGUGACUUCGGCAAGGCCGUCCAGCUCUACACAGAGGCCAUUGAGCUUAACCCGGGCUCGGCGCUGUUCCACGCCAAGCGCGCCGCCUGCUACCUCAAGAUCAAGAAGCCGCUGGCGGCCGUGCGAGACUGUGACAAGGCCAUCCAGAUCAACCCUGACUCGGCUGCUGCCUACAAGUUCAGGGGACGCGCCAAUAGACUGCUGGGCCGCUGGGAGCUGGCCGCCCGGGACCUGCGCACCGCCUGCAAGCUGGACUUCGACGAGCAGGCCGACGAGUGGCUGCGGGAGGUGACGCCCAACGCACACAAGAUCGAGGAGCACAACCGCAAGUACGAGCGUCGCCGCGAGGAGCGCGAGCUGCGCCAGAAGCAGGAGCGCAUCCGCCGCGCCCGCCAGGAGCAGGAGAAGGCCCGCGCCCGCGCCGCCGCCGCCGCUGAUGCCGCCGCCGCCGCCGGCGGUGGCAUGCCCGGCGGCAUGCCCGGAGGCAUGCCUGGGGGUAUGCCCGGGGGUAUGCCAGGGGGUAUGCCCGGAGGCAUGCCCGGAGGCAUGCCCGGAGGCAUGCCCGGAGGCAUGCCCGGAGGCAUGGCAGACCUGCUGAGCGACCCGGACAUCAUGGCUGCGAUGCAGGAUCCGGAGGUAAUGACCGCGUUCGCCGACGUCUCCAAGAACCCGGGCAACAUCAUGAAGUACCAGGACAACCCCAAGGUCAUGGCGCUGAUCACCAAGAUGACCCAGAAGCUGGGUGGCGGAGCCGGCGGCGAGUCGAUGCUGUCCGUCGACAUGGAGGGCGGGCUGCCGGCGCGGCCGAGCGGCGGAAGGCGCGCCGCGAGACACGCCGAGCACCGCGAGCACUCGGACGUCUGA